GAAAGUUAAGUUUGAAGAGGGGGGACGAGGGAAACAUGGACAUGAAGAAGAGGAUCCACCUGGAGCUGAGGAACCGGACCCCGGCAGCAGUUCGAGAACUUGUCUUGGACAAUUGCAAAGCGAACGAUGGAAAAAUCGAGGGGUUAACGGAUGAAUUUGUGAACCUAGAGUUCCUCAGUUUAAUAAGCGUAGGCUUGUUUUCGGUUUCAGAUCUCCCCAAGCUACCGAAAUUGAAAAAGCUUGAGCUCAGCGAUAAUAGAAUCUUUGGAGGUCUGGACAGACUAGCAGAAGAACUUCCAAGCCUCACACAUCUGAACCUAAGUGGAAAUAAGCUGAAAGAUAUCAGCACCUUGGAACCUUUGAAAAAAUUGGAUUGUCUGAAAAGCCUGGAUCUCUUUGGCUGUGAGGUCACUAACCUGAACGAUUACCGAGAGAGUGUCUUCAAACUCCUGCCCCAGCUGUCCUAUCUGGACGGCUAUGACCGAGAGGACCAGGAAGCACCUGACUCCGAUGUGGAGGUGGAUGGUGUAGAGGAAGCCCCCAACUCAGAUGCAGAGGUGGAUGGUGUGGACAAAGAAGAAGAGGAUGAAGAAGGAGAAGAUGAAGAUGAAGAGGAAGAUGAGGACGGUGAAGAGGAAGAGGAUGAUGAAGAAGAGGAUGAAGAUGAAGACGAGGAUGUAGAAGGAGAAGAUGAUGAAGAUGAAGACGAGGAUGUAGAAGGAGAAGAUGAUGAAGAUGAAGUCAGUGGGGAGGAAGAAGAAUUUGGACAUGAUGGUGAAGUUGAUGAAGAUGAUGAAGAUGAAGAAGAUGAGGAUGAAGAGGAGGAAGAAACUGGGAAAGGUGAAAAGAGAAAGAGGGAAACAGACGAUGAAGGAGAAGAUGAUUGAGACCCGAAACAAUCUGCAAGAACCAGAACUGUUGAGUAUUGGUUGGACUGCUCAUGGAUUUGGUAGCUGUUUAAAAAGGUAGCUGUGAUACGACCCCAGGACACCCCACCCAAAGAGCCAAAGAAUAGUUCCCAAGACAUUCAGCCUUCCU